ACCACUAUCACCAUCGGAAGUGAAAGUGUUGGAGCGUAAUGUGGGUGACCUGCUGGCCUUCAUACGUCGACUAACGUCCAACCCAGUGAUGCUCGGCAACUGGCCCAGGAGCGCUGGAUCAGCUGCUGUUGACUCUGGUCGGAGUCGGCUCCGACUCGCUGCCUCGACUCGAGUCACUCCGCUCCCAGCUGCUGGCGAUCGACUCGCUGACUCGAGUCCUGCCCCACACGCUGCUCGAGUCAGACUCUUCCGAGAAGGUGCCGGCACCCUGAUGCAGUUGCUGGCUGCCAACAUGUGGCAGAUUCCCCACGCGCUCGCCGAGCGAAACGCCCUGCAGCGCGAGGCUGAGCUCGACUCGCAAAUGGAACGCUUGACUGGUGCAGGAAUGAGUGCCAUGAUUUGAUACUGAAAGACGAUAAUGUGCCAAUCUAUGACACAAGUUUCGACGUGAACAAGGUCUGUGUUGCACUGUCGAGAAUGAACACACCCUUUGCACGGCAAUGGUGGCAGAGGAUUUGGUCUCGGAAGUACUCCUUUUACUAGCG